GCAUAGUUUACUAAAAAUGGCUGGUGCAGACGAAGCAGACUUUUUGGAGCUCCUUGUAGCUAACAGCAGGAUAGGCGAAUGGGUGGAGCGUAUUCGAGCGCGUGGCAACCCCGCCAGGCAAAAGCAGGCUCUGCUGCUGCUAAAGGACGCAGUUGGAAGCCGCAGUGCCUACGCAGAGGAGGCACGGCAGGCGGGCGUGGUGCCGCUUCUCACUCGCCUGCUGGGCAUUACCGGUGCGUGUGAUUGAUCAAUGGAUUCCUCCCGCCCCAACCCAUACGCGCUGGAGGAAAGAGAGCGGCAACCAAAACAAAUGUCACGCAACCACUUCUGACACAAUUCUCCGCUCCUGGUUUCCAGGCCCGCCCGAGGACCCCGUGCUUGCAGGCAGGUCACGCCGCCUCGCACACGCUUUCCCCGUUGCAACCCCCGUUAGGACCGCUCUCGCCUCCUGUCCUCUAUACCUCCCUCGUUGACCUCCGCGUGGCCUCUAGGACAGGAGACCUCGGACACUUGUGUUGCUGUAUGCAGCCCCCCUCCCGGCCGCUAUCCCCUGAUAGCCUCCUGCGAUGCCCUGGCUCUUUCUUCCUCUCCCUCACACCCACUUCCUCCCUCCUCCUCGCCCCUUCAGAGGAUGAGGAGGUGCUUGACGCCGCCUCCGCCGUCAUCGCUGCCUGCUCGGGGCCCUUGGCGACCGCUGGAAAGGUGAGUACCUACACCUACGACGGCGCUGUCGUACACAUCCAAGAGGGCGCUCUAGGGGACGGCCUGGGCGCCAAGGUCUGGAUGGUCGCUCACAUGUUGUGUCUGGAGCUGGCCUCGAACCGGGGACCUCUGCUGGCGGGCAAGAAGGUUCUGGAGCUGGGGAGCGGCUGUGGGGUGUGCGGGCUGGCGGCGGCAGCGCUGGGGGCGGGACAGGUGGUGUUGACGGAUGUGGAGGGGCCCGUGCUCCGAAACCUGCGAUCCUGCAUGCACCUGAAUAACAACAACAACAACGCCUUGACUGGGGCUGGGGCGGAGGAUUGCAUGGAGUGUUGCAGUGGUGAGGGAGCAGGAGCGGGAGCGGGGGUGCCGACGGAUGAGGAGCUAUUCGAGGGGGCUGAGGAGGUGGAGGAGGGCGAUUUCGGGGACAUGAUGCGGGACAUGUUGAUGGGGG